AUGACAAAGUCGUUAGUGCAAUUGGAUUCUGAUACUGAUAGGUUGCCUUUAAAGCCAAUCCAGCCGACACAAUAUUGGACUUUUGACAACGCACUCACGUUAAUCAAUUCAUGUGAAGAUCCUUAUAUCUUGGAUGCAUUGGAUGAGUUUUUGAUGCUUAAUAGUGGUACUUUGCGAAGUCCAUCUCCAUUCGAACUAAGUGGUAAGAAAGAAAAGCUAAGUGCAAAAGACUUAACAUUAAGAAGUGUUCUAUACACUGAUGUCACUCCAGUUAACAUAUCAGAUGCGGAAAUUAUCGAACAACAUUUGCAUUGUGAUGCAAAGGAAGUUUUGAGAAUAAUAAUUCAAACUUGUAAAAAGAUACCACCCAAGUUUUGUAAUGAAUUUUUUGCUUUGAAAAGCAAAUUGCAUGAUGACAGAGACAAAGAAUUAGAUAACGAAAGAUUAUUUUUGUAUACCAGUAAAAUCUUAAGAGAAAGAAGGAUUAUUCUCAAAAUAGCGAUCGAAUUAUUAAACAACAAGAGUAAUUCAAAGGCAUCAUUAACUAUUCAGAAUCUUGGAAAAGAAAUUUUCACGUCUAAAACGUAUGUGGAAUCCAUGAUUAUCUCCAUCCAAGACAACGUCAACUUUUUGAUGCAUCCUAAGACAUGGGGAUUAUCGGAAAAAUUAGACGAACUAGUUCACAAUGAAAGGGUAUUAUUUAUCAUAGAAGCAUCUAAAGUAUUGACCGAGAUUAUUGUUCAAAAUCCAACUCUCGAAAAGAGCCUUUGCAAGCAAUGGUUUCAUUUCAUGAAGGGCAACAACUUUGCAAUGUCGCUCGGACCUCGUAUAAGUCAUCCUGAGGCAUUUGCAGUACUCCAAGGGUUGUUCACCAUUAUCUCCGUCGCAUUUUUAGACCUAGAAAAUGCAUUUGACAAUGCUUCCAAUGCUAAGGAUGGCUCUUAUUUUAACGAUGCCAAUAUUUUUGUUUCAGUAAAUGAUGCUAUAACCAAUCCAGCAAAUACCAAUUCUGUUAUCUUAUAUGCUUGGUCCAUAGUAUUGUUAAGGAAAUACUAUUUUAUGAUGGAGUAUCCGGAAUCUACAAUUAAUGCAGAUCUUUCAAAUAAAUUGAAUACAGAACAGAUAAAUUCCAUUGUAACAAUGUUAAAUCAAAAAUGUGCUGAAUUGAAUGUUUUCCAUGCCAUUCGUCGCUUAAACGAACUAUUAAAGUUUGAUCGGGUCAACUCGGUAGUUUUAUCAAAUGUAAUCCUUGCGUCUAUGCCGUUAAUUGAUCUUACCGCUGAUGUUGCCAGGGCCAUCGAAAGCAUCGUCAGCAAUUGCCCCAAAAAUGUGGUUGAAAAGUUCUUUGAAAAUGAUUCAACUAUCGACGCAAUUGUUUUGGCUAGAACUAAGUUCCCUUUAUCUUUAACUCCUUAUAUUAUCCUUUGUUCUAUAAAUGGAGGCUUUGCAUUGCAUGAGUUCAAUGAGUUAAAGUCGUACAUCCAGGUAUUCAAAAAGGAAGAGUUUGUGAAUAUGUACCAAAUAGAUGAUCAAAAUACAGAGUUAGUAAAGCUUUCACAAGGUAUAGAUAUUUUUCCACCAUUCGAAUCAAAUAAAAAAAUAUCAAUGGCAUUGAAAAGUGGUACGAAGGCAAAGAUAUUACCUGCCGCUAACCAAGAAGAAGUUUUGGUGACAUUUUUGCACAGAUAUAAUGGUUGGGCACUCUUGGGGAGAAUAGCUCAAAAUAUUUCUAAGGAGUUCAAUGCAUCAGAUCCAGGCAUGGUGAAUUUAAUUGUGGAAGUGCUCCGUUUGUUAAAUAGAGUGGUUUUGAACAACAACAUCGACGAUUCAAAGAAGGUUUUAGAUGCCUUAUCAGCGUUUACGGACGACUCGGAUAUUUUGGAAGUAGUUUUAAGGCUAUUCGAACAAGCAUUGCACGCAAGAAAUGUGGAAGUAUUACUGGGAAUUAUUGAUUUGUUAACCAAUUUAAUGCCAUUCCUUUCGUAUAGAAUCUGGCCGUAUUUAUCCAAGUCGUCAAUCUUUCCUCAUAAUGGGAAAGAGGGAUUCGCCUCCAUUAUAUUUGGCUCUAUAGAAAUGGUAAGUGGAAGUUACGACUUUACAGUUUCAUUAGUUAAAUUUGUGGAUGCAUUGAUUCAGAAUUGUUUAUCCUUAGAUCAAGAUUACCCUCAAAAAUCUAAAGCGGCGAUUUUAUCGAAGUUUGUUAAUCAUUUGGUUAGUAUAUUUGAAACUUUCACAUACUGUCGCUUCUCUCUGGUUCACCAAAAAUUGGAGAUGGGAGUUUUAAUUUUGGACAUUUUUUCUACAAUUUUGGCCUCAGUUCAUGGAGUUGCUGAAGACAGCAAACCAGAAGAAAAGGUAACCAAAGUAUUCGCAGAGCCUUCCGCUCGCAUUUUGGAUGCAUUUUUAAUGACGGAUAGUGAUUGCUCGAGAGCAUGUUCACCAAUUCUCGGUAUGAUUGAUUCUCUUCUGGAGACUUUGCAAGUAUAUGAAUUGAUCGACGUCUCAGGAUUUUGGUAUGAUAGUUGGAUCCGAUGUGCAUUAUCCUAUUCCCAGUUGAUUAUUACGAUCCGUUCAUCCCUUAGCUACAAGCCUUCUGCAUUUGAAAGAAAUUUGUAUUCAAAACUUCCAAGUUUAGUAGCAUCUUAUUCACAAUUUGAAUCAAUAAGAAAGGAUAUUUUGGAUUUGCUAACUAGUUUAACUAGUGCUAACUGGCUAGACGAACAGCAGCCAUCGUUAUUGUCGAAUUUGGGGCGUGACUGUGCCCAGGUGUUAAUGCAUUCGUUAGCCACGGACAUUGAUAAUUCAUUUGAUGAUUACAAGUUGAAAAUUUCAUUGUAUGAUUUUAUCUGUGGCGUGAUGGGUGGUAAACAAGACGGUCUUUCCGUGUUAUUUAUUAGUGGUAGAGAUGUUUUUGGAGAUUUCACAAAGUCAGAACAUUCGUCUAGAAAAGUCGAGACAAAGAUUUCAUUAUUGCAGAUCCUUAAGAAAAAUAUCCGUGAUAUUAAAUAUUAUCCAAAUUCGGUCAGUAUUCAUUUGGUAGAUGCGCUUUCAUUGGCAUGCAACUCGUGGACAACAGCUAAAGAAAAUGAAAAUGACAUAGAGUUUAUAAAUACUUUGAUUUCAAGAGUAAGAUUGCAAAUAUCAGAUCCUCCCGAUUCGUCAGAUAGUUUUAUUAGCCGUUGCUACGAAUUGAAAUUAGUUUCCAAGAUAACCGAAAUAUUAGCUUUACAUUUAUUUGCUACGAGAAAUGAGGAAUGCAAAAAGAAUAUAAUUAAUUUUGUUAAUUCAGAUGACUUUAUUGAGAUUGCAAAGACUAAAUUUGCUGUUAAAAAUUACCAGGCAUCGUUGCAUGCCAAUGUUCUGAUAUCUUUUGAGAGCUUAUUUCCAACUCUUAAAUUAAGUCAGUUUGCUACUGGGUUAGCCAAGAGAAAUCGAUUUGGAACUAAUUCGGUUUACAAUUUAGCCUUGAUGGAUGCGUUAUUUAAAAAUGAGCCUGGUUGGCCCCAAAUCAGAGAACAAGUUAUUGCAACAAGUAUUAAUCUCCAAUAUGUCGAUGCUCAAAUAUCCAGUGCAAAAUCAUUUGGUGCGCUUCUCACUUGUUUCUGUCGUAAGUUUGAUGGUGCUCUUGAUGAACGAAUUUUAGACUUUGUUGAUUAUUUAUUAAAGUUGGAUAUUUGUGAAGGUAUUCCGUCUGAAAUUUUCCAGUCUAUAUAUCACGAACGUGUUGAAUUAGCUUUCUAUUUGAUAUAUACCUUCUAUUCUCGAGCCAAAUCUACCACAAAGAGUCGAGUAUUUGAAAUUAUCAAGAGUGCUUCUACGUUAUUAUCAUCUGGCAGUAUGGAUUUUAUUUCUAGUUUGGCUGAAUCCAAGGGUUUUUAUAGACCGUUGCUAAAGGUAGUUUAUUGUUCGUUGGGUUUGAUUAAAAAGGAUUCAUCUUUGUUAACGGAAUCUUUUAGUUUAUUUAGGGAUUUGUUUGAAUUAAUAAUAUGCCAAGGAACAAAGACAUUAUUAAUUGAAUUGCAAAACGAUUUGUAUGCUCCCAAAUCAAGUAAAGUAACCAAAGUGAAUGAGAGGAUAGAUGAUUUAAUGUUAAUAUUAUCAAUUCUUAAACUGUUUGUUGGUGUAAGUUCUAGUACAAAUUUCCAGAAUGAAAUGUCAUUAUUAGUAAACAAGCAUGGAACAAUUAAAUCUUUAUUGAACCUUUUUUCAUUUUCUCAUUCUGUUGAGGUGAAUGGAGAACUUAUAUUUGCACAAUUGAGUCUAAUGUAUAUUUUGGAGCUUAUGAGUGUUGAUGUGAUUGCAGACAAGUUUGCUUCGUCGGGAUUAUUUGUCGUUUUACUUGAAAGUCCUAUCUCAAGUACAUUAAGAGCAGGUGGUGUUAGUAUCAGCAAUGGAUCCCAAUAUCAUCGUUUAUGGAUCAAUGGAAUUUUGCCAAUCAUUAUAACCAGUUUGUUCAAAAUUGGACCAUCUAUCAUUCCAGAAUUAUCCGUCGCCCUCCAACUUUAUAGCAAACAAAUUGAAACAUGUAUCGAAAGCUGGUCAAGAGAUUCUUCCUCAAUUAAGAUAUCCACUGCUCUUAUUGCUGAGACUGGUCAAAUUUUACUUUUGUACGAUUUAUUGAAGGCUAUGAAUGCUGGUGAAUAUUGGAGAAGUGUAGCACCUGUUGUAUCUACUAUUGAGGGUGGUGGAGAAGAAGCUCCUAGUAUAUUGCCCGGAUUAGAGAAUGAAAGUAAGAUUGAAGAUUUUGUUGAUUGUCUUGAUAAUUUAUUAAAGCAUCCAAAGUUCUUAACUUCUAGGAUAAUUCCAAGCUCAUUAGAAGAACAACAUGUUAUUCAAACAGGUGGUGAACCAUUUGCUAAUUUUGUUAAGGGGAUUAUCAAUGAGAUUAGCGAUUUAAAGGAUUUUUUUAGUUAA